AUGCGCAAAGAUAAGAAAAAAGAGGAUGAAUUGAAGAAACAGGAAGAAGAAAAAAGAAUUAAUGAUGAGAGAGAAGCAGCCAAACUGGCUGCAGAAAGGCUUGUGGAAUUAAAGCGUCAGCGCGAUAAGUACAAUAAUGAGCUAUUAUUUCGCAGUUCUGAAUUAGCCGAAACUCGCGAAUUACUCACUAUUUUCAGAGAUGCUUUGGAAAAAAUUAGGCGUGAAAGGGUAGAUCAGUACACCUGGUAUCGAUAUCUUAUUUGUGAUGGAUUACCUAACCCUAUUAUUGAAAAAGAAAUAAACACUUAUAUUAGUCUUUGGAGGAUGGAUCAUAGCCGAAUGUCUAUGGAGGAUGUAAUGAUCGACAGUGUAAACUCCUUGAAGCUCAUCGAUGAAUUACGGUCAUUAAUUGCUGAUUUGAAUGAGGAUCAUUCAGAAUUAGAACGUUAUCAUGGAGUUAUGCAGGAGCUUCGAGAACUUGUACAGGAAAAAGUUAACGGAGCAUGUGUCGAGACGUUAACCAAAGCGAGUCACUUUGCUGAUCCUGUAACCGGGAAUCUGCAGAAGUAUUGGCACAACGAUUGGCUCUCACUCUGUAUUUGGGCCAACCUCUCAAAAAAUCCCCGUAUUAAAGAGUAUACAUUUGAGAAUGUGGGAAUAACGUUUAGCAUAUCUCAAUCACUUACUCAUACCGACUGUGCGUUUAGAAUUUUAUUCAUGAAAUUCGACACUUAUUCUGUGCUUUCGCCUUCAUUUAAGCCUCAGCAAAUCGAAAAUUACGAUUUGGGAAGAAUCUCUAGUUCUCCCGUUGAUAACCAACCAACUUUCAAGUUAUCCAAGAAUUAUAAACAGAAUGGUGAUGCAAAUGAAAACAUAGAUGUGUUUGAUCGAGAAAACAUGGAUAAAAAUGACCCCAUCCAACAUGAAAUGAGAACUACUUUGAAUCUAUUCAGCGCCUAUUCGGAUGAUCAACAGGAUAAAGAGGAGGUAGAAGUUAUUAUAGAAGAACCUGAGGAAGACCGUGCAACAACUCCACGUAAGUUUAUUUAUUUAUUUAUUUAG